CUUCGUUGCUUCAUUCGACGCUGCUUUGCGAGCCUUGCAAUUUUUAAUUGGUGUCGAUCUGCAAAACAUAUUUUUUGUUAGGUACUUUUAUUUUUUCAAAUACAGUGUCAACUUACUCAUGAUGCUUUUAAUAUAAUAAUGGAUAUUUUUAUCAUUAGUCCUUUCAUGUCUUAUCACCGUAACCACAACACAAUAUACACGACUCUUAUCGCACAACCAUUCCCUUCCACCCGCACAAAAGUAGUCCCAGCCUCAACAUAUUUAUUUAAUACACCUGUCCCAUCGAUCCGUCGCUACAACCCCUAUCAACCACACCCUUCUCACACAAACCCCUAUCAACCACACCUUUCUCACACAAACCCCUAUCAACCACACCCUUCUCACACAAACCCCUAUCAACCACACCCUUCUCACACAAACCCCUAUCAUACCACCCGUACCACAACCCCUAUCAUGCUACCCCCCCCGUAUCAUACCACCCGUACCCGGCCAUUAGAAACGGAGAUACGAUAUAGUGCCCUUUUGGCAUUGACUUUACGUUUGUUGUUUGUGCUAUUGUUACCCCCUUUCCAGCGAGCCACCUAACACCCCGCUCCGACCAAUAGAAACAAAGAUAUGACGUAAUGCCUUUCUGGCCUGCUCCGAUGCAUACAACACAUACUAUGUUCAUCCCCAUUUUUCUUCCCCUUUCCAAUGAUACGAUCCGACAAGUCGUCGGCCUCCACCAAAAAAAGCGUCAAAAAUGACCAGAAUGGACCUUAGAUUUUCUUAUGGAGAUUUACAUGUAAAAAAGCGUCAAAUUGCGCUAGAACUGUUGCUGCCCCUUUACUCAUGUUUAUAUCCACUGAUAACUACACUUGGUUCAAAGUUAAAUUCGUGUGCCAAACAAACCGAUAUAUAUUUUGUGUUUGAUGGAUUCAAGUAAAACCGGCGUUCACUUACAAACACGUUAGACUUCUGUAUUUUACCACUCAUUGUUAAAUACUAAAUAACACGCACAUCACACCGCUUCUUAUACGUUUUUUCCAGAAGGGGUGGGGGGCAGAUGCAACUUAGUGCCAGGUGUAUUCAACUUAGUGGCAGGUGUAUGCAAAUUAGGGAGCACUUGCUCAUUAUGCACAGGUGUAUGCAAAUUAGGGAGCAGGUGUAUGCAAAUUAGCGAGCACAUGGUAAUUAGGGCAGGUGGAUUGACAGGUGGUGCUUAGGGUAUGCAAAUUAGCGAGCGUAUGGUAAUUAGGGCAGGUGGAUUGACAGGUGUAUGCAAAUUAGCGAGCACAUGGUAAUUAGGACAGGUGGAAUGAUAGGUGGUAAUUAGGGUAUGCAAAUUAGGACAGCUGUACGCUUAUUAUGCGCAAGUGUUCCUCCUCCUCCUAGGGACAGGUGGUCGACAGCUCUAUGCAAAUUAGACACAGGUGUUCCUCCUCCUUUUAUUAGUGACAGGUGGUCGACAGCUGUAUGCAAAUUAGGCACAGGUGUUCCUCAUCCUAUUAUUAGUGACAGGUGGUCGACAGCUGUAUGCAAAUUAGGCACAGGUGUUCCUCCUCCUAUUAUUAGUGACAGGUGGUCGAUAGCUGUAUGCAAAUUAGGCACAGGUGUUCCUCCUCCUAUUAUUAGUGACAGGUGGUCGACAGCUGUAUGCAAAUUAGGCACAGGUGUUCCUCCUCCUAUUAUUAGUGACAGGUGGUCGACAGCUGUAUGCAAAUUAGGCACAGGUGUUCCUCCUCCUAUUAUUAGUGACAGGUGGUCGACAGCUGUAUGCAAAUUAGGCACAGGUGUUCCUCCUCCUAUUAUUAGUGACAGGUGGUCGACAGCUGUAUGCAAAUUAGGCACAGGUGUUCCUCCUCCUAUUAUUAGUGACAGGUGGUCGACAGCUGUAUGCAAAUUAGGCACAGGUGUUCCUCCUCCUAUUAUUAGUGACAGGUGGUCGACAGCUGUAUGCAAAUUAGGCACAGGUGUUCCUCCUCCUAUUAUUAGUGACAGGUGGUCGACAGCUGUAUGCAAAUUAGGCACAGGUGUUCCUCCUCCACCCGAUCUCAAUCAUAUAACCCCUACUAAUGGCUUCUCUCUCACGCUACCUAUUGUUGUUCAGUACGGCUUCGGGGGUUGCUCAAAGCCCAGACACUCAACGGCUUUAGGAACUGUUAAGGGUGUAAAUGUAUAUCUUUAUAUAGAUCGGGAUAAAGAUGUUGUACUUAUGUGGCUCUUACGUUAA